AACAGGGAGCACACGAGGCGCCAUGUUGGGACCUCAGCCACAGCGAACAGUGGUCGAGCGAAAACCUCUCUAGAGGAAGAGGUUAGCCACUUAGCCCCUUCCUCUCAGCUCUCUAAUGGAGAAUUCGUCAUUUGGAAUUCCAAAACCAACAGUUGAUUUCCAUCAUUCUAUCCAAAGCCUUCAUCAACUUCCCUGCUCCCUUCUCACAUGGAGAAAAAUCAUGAAAUCUGUCUCCUCGAUUUCCCUCCCACUUCUAACAGGGAAACCUAUUGCAAAGCACAGAAGUUUCACCAAAAUGGAGUUCAGUCCCACAAAAAACAAUAACGGAAUGAAAUCCAGGGCAAGUUUAUUGGACGGGUUCAUGGAUUCGCAUUAUGAAUCCAUUCCGAUGUUCUUAGCUCAACAGAAGAUUCUCUGGGAAUUUAUAGAGUCAAGGAGUCUAGAUGAAGCGCGAUACUUACAUACGAAGAUGAAAGAAGAGGGGUUGGAGCCAGGUAUCGUUACGGAGUCUAUCUUGAUUGAUUUGUUCAUGAAGUCUGCUCGUGUCUCUGACGCUUUUAAGGUGUUCGAAGCAAUGCUGGAGCGAAACGUUGUCACUUGGACCUCCAUCAUUUCUGGGUGUGUUCAGAAUGGUUUUCCAGAAAUUGGGAUUUCUAUGUUUGUGGAAAUGCUUGAGUUAGGUGUUCUUCCUAAUGACUUUACGUUAAAUGUUGUACUUCAGGCUUGUGCAGACCUUGCAGCAGCAAAUUUGGGAAUGCAAGUGCAUUCGCUUGUUAUUAGAGCUGGGUUUGUUCAUGGUUGCAGGACAGAGAAUUUCCUGAUCAAUCUUUACUCAAAAUGCUGCUUGAUUGAUAUGGCCCACCGGGUUUUUGACAGAAUGCUGAAGCCUGAUUUGGUUUCUUUCACGUCCAUGAUAGGGGGUUAUUCAAAGAACAAAAUGUCUGAAGCUGCAAUUAGAUUGUUCGAUAGGAUGCUGAAAUGUGGCCUAGUUCCAAAUGAUCACACUAUCUCAAGCAUUUUAGUUGCCUGCGGGUUCAUUUUUGGUGAGCAGAUUCAUGCUUUCAUGGUUAAAACUUUGCUAGAUAAGAGCCUUCACUCUGGCAGUGCAUUGAUCGAAUUUUACUCAAAGAAUGACUCCUUUGAGAAUGCAAAGUUGGUUUUUGAGAAAUUGGAAGAUAGGAAUGUGGUGACAUGGACUUCCAUGAUCUCAUGUUGUAUCCAACAUGAACGUGGGGAUGAGGCCUUGGAUUUGUUCCACCAAAUGGUAAAUUUGGGAAUUGAACCCAAUGUGGUUACCUUUGCAACAGUCAUCGCUGCUUGUGGGUUAUGCUCGGAAUUCACUGAUAUGGGGCAACAAAUCCAUUGUUCCAUAAUAAAGCUGAAUUUGGGAUCGGACAAUCGCAUUGUAAAUGCUCUUAUUACCAUGUAUGCUAGAAAUAAGAAAAUUGAGGAGCUAGAAAAGGUGUUUGAGAAAAUAGAGAACCCAGAUAGAGUUUCAUGGAGUGCAGCUAUAUCUGGUUAUUCUCAAAAUGGCUUUAAUGAAAAAGCCGCUUGCUUGCUUUGCCAAAUGCAUAAGAAGGGAGCUAGACCCAAUGAAUAUGGAAUCUCUAGUACACUUAGUUCUUGUGCUAAUUUGGCUUUAUUAGAUCAAGGAAAGCAACUACAUGGUUUUUGCUUGAAGUUAGGAUAUGAUAUUAUCGAUGUGUGUGUUGGAAAUGCAUUAGUUAGUAUGUAUGCUAAGUGUGGGAGUGUUGAGGAUGCACAGUUAGCAUUUGAUGGCAUGCCCUUUCGUGAUGUCAUGUCAUGGAACACAUUGAUUCAUGGUUAUGCCUAUCAUGGACAUGGGGGGAAAGCACUUCAAAUUUUUGAUGAGAUGGUAGCAUCAGAAACCAUCAGGCCCAAUCAUGCCACCUUUGUUGGAAUCUUGAGCGCAUGUAGCCACGUGGGUUAUGUUGAGGAAGCAUUUGACUACUUCAAGAUAAUGGAAAGUCAUCAUGGCAUUGUCCCAUCAAUGUCACACUAUGCAUGCCUGGUUGACCUGAUUGGUCGAGCUGGAAGGCUUGAAGAAGCAUAUCAGAUCAUUGAGCAGAUGCCAUUUGAGCCAAACUCUUUGAUAUGGAAAACUCUUUUAGGGUCUUGUAGGGUGCACAAGAACCUGAAGUUAGGAAAGCUUGCUGCACAAAGGGCCAUUGAGUUGUCCCCUUGCGAUUCUGCAAACUACAUCCUUCUUUCGAACUUGUACACUGUGUGUGGAGAACGGGUGGGCUCAGAAAUGAUGAGGAAGAUGAUGGAAGAAAAGGGUGUGAAGAAGGAUGCUGGUUUUAGUUGGAUUGAGCUGAAGAGUGAAGUACAUGCAUUUGUAUCUGGGGAUAAGUCUCACCCAAAAACACAAGUGAUCUAUAAUGAAUUGGACAAACUUGUUAGGAAAAUGAAAGAGGAAGGCUAUUCACCUGACCUGAGUUGUGCAUUAUAUGACUCAUGAUGGGAAUAUUGUUGCUAUCUGGGGUGGCAAUCUCCAACCCAACCCAUCCAAAGUUCCAAACCCAAUUGUUUGACACGUGGGUCGAAUUUGAGUCAAAUGAAGAGGGUUAGGUUGGUUGGGUUGAGGUUAUUCAUAGGGUCAUGGCUUAGGGUUUGAGCGUUGUCACUUUGGUUUCAUUCUGUGAGUCUGCAUCUUUGCUGUUUGCUUCGAAUACAGGGAAAUUCAUCGUAGACUCAGCUGCAGCCAGUACAUGCUAAGUUUACAGGUUCAAAGUUGUACAGUCACCACUUAGACAUCUCCCUCAAUUUCCAAAAGAAAAUAGAUUGGAGAAAGGCUGAGAGUUGAAGUGCCUGAAGAAGUGAGGACACCUCUGCUAUAACGUCAUCACAUCUCUUAUAUAUUCUGAAUAUACCAUUUGUACCUCGCAAGUGUGGUUUAUAUAUAUUCCACUAAUCCCAGAGUGGCCAAGAUUCCCAUUACAACAUCCACCAAUGAUAACUUUGGAGCUGCUAUGGCACUUGUCAAGGCAUAUAUCGGCAUUUGGCAAUAAUAUUUCAGUAUACAGGUUGACCCUCAUGUGGCUUCUCUCCUUUAUCUCUAUUUUCUUUCUUUCUUUCCAAUGAGGUUCAACAACUUUUAUGCCUGGGUUGAACCAAUAGGGACAUUUGCAGCAAAGAGUUGAAUAUGAAGUUCUGAGCACCUAUGGUGGAGACUGGAGAGGUCUGUCUCCUAGUGGUGAAAUGACUGAAACUCGAUUGUUAAUAGUAUUUGGUUAGAUACGGAAACGUGUUCUGUAAUAUAAUAUGCCCUCUGAUUUUUCUAAUGGGUAUGACUAUAUUCUUGAUUGAGAACUAGUAAAAGAGGUUUUGUACAUUUUAGGGCAUCCUCUACUCGGGGUUAAGGUCGAGGCAUGUGAAGAUGGUAUUUGAUUAAUAUUAAAAAAAAAAAAAGUCUAGGGAGAGUGGAACUGCAGUAACAUGCACAUUCUUCUUUCCUGGGGAAUUAAGAAGUUAGAGAA